GGGAAGCGGCAGCGUUCCCGGGAUAUGUAGUCUUCCCGGCCGGGCCGCUGCAUUGGCGCCGCGUUCUCCGGCGCCGCCCGGGAACUACAGGCGGCGGCAGCCGGUGUCCGCCCGUGAGGAUGGCGGCUCCCUUGGUGCUGGUGGUCCUGGUGGCCGUGACGGUCCGGGCUGCGCUCUACCGCUCCAGCCUCGCCGCUUUCAUCUCCGAACGGGUUGAGGUGGCGUCCCCGCUGAACGCCUGGAAGCGAGUGGUCGAAGGACUAGCUCUGCUGGAUUUAGGGGUCUCGCCAUAUUCUGGAGCUAUUUUCCACGAGACCCCGCUGAUAAUCUAUCUCUUUCACUUCCUGAUUGAAUAUGCGGAAUUGGUGUUCAUGAUAACUGAUGUGCUAACUGCUGUUGCCCUUUACUUGGCCAUUCAGGACUUCAACAAAGUUGUGUUCAAAAAGCAAAAGCUCCUAAUAGAACUGGAUAAAUAUGCACCAGAUGUGGCUGAACUCAUCCGGACGCCCAUGGAAAUGCACUACAUCCCCCUCAAGGUAGCACUAUUCUAUCUGUUAAACCCCUACACUGUGAUGUCUUGCGUGGCCAAGUCCACCUGUGCCAUCAACAAUACUGUCAUUGCAUUCUUCAUUUUAGCUACAAUAAAAGGUAGUGCCUUCCUCAGUGCUGUGUUCCUGGCCUUAGCAACAUACCAGUCACUCUACCCUCUCACGUUGUUUGCCCCAGCGCUCCUUUACCUUCUACAGCGUCAGUUCAUACCAAUAAAACUGAAAAGUAAAAGCUUCUGGCUCUACACCAUGCAGUAUGCGGCCCUGUACCUGUGCAGCCUGGUGGUGAUCAUCUGCCUCUCCUUCUUCCUCCUCAACUCCUGGGAUUUUAUCCCAUCUGUUUACGGGUUUAUCCUAUCUGUUCCAGAUCUGACACCCAAUAUUGGCCUUUUCUGGUACUUCUUCGCAGAGAUGUUUGAACACUUCAGUCUUUUCUUCGUAUGCGUGUUUCAAAUCAAUGUGUUCUUCUACACCAUUCCCUUGGCGAUAAAGCUGAAGGAGCACCCCGUGUUCUUCAUGUUUGUCCAGAUUGCUAUCAUUUCUAUCUUCAAGUCCUAUCCCACUGUGGGAGACAUCACACUGUACAUGGCCUUCCUGCCAGUCUGGAGCCACCUUUACAGAUUCCUCCGGAACAUCUUCAUCCUGUCAUGUGUGCUCAUUGUCUGCUCCCUCCUGUUCCCCGUUCUGUGGCAUCUAUGGAUUUAUGCAGGAAGUGCCAACUCCAAUUUUUAUUAUGCCAUCACGUUGACUUUCAACAUCGGGCAGAUCCUGCUCAUCUCGGAUUAUUUCUACGCCUUCCUCCGGCGGGAAUACUACCUCACUCAUGGACUCCAUUUGACAAGGCAAGAUGGGACAGAGGCCAUGCUUGUUCUGAAAUAAGGAUUGUGCCCGCCACUCCCUGGGACAUGGACCACUCUGAGGAACGUGCAAAGCUUGGGAUAUGCGGGGUGGGUGGGGAAGGUUCCCUGAAUGAGAUCUUGGCUUUGGGAAUGAUACCUACUGGAAAAAAGGGCUGAGGUUCUUCUGAAGCGGUGUGCUCAGUGCAGAGACUGUAAGAGCUACAACUAGGAGCCGCAGUGCCUCUACUGGAGCAUCUCCCUUCUUCCCUCAGCUGUGCUUCUCACUGCGACCUCAGCCAUCGAGUCUGGGCCAUCCAGCAGGAACUGGAGAAAGCGUCUGAGCUGAAUCUCUGGCUCAGAAAGAGCUCAGACCAUAAACUGUUUACUUUACUGUCACUGCUUCUUGGAGGUGGUUGCAUUCUCCUAGAAAUUUCCCCUUCACUGCGUUGACCUGCUCCUGCUUGGCACAAGGCAAGCGCUGGUACCUGAGCCCUGGAUGCAGGUGCUAUUUCUUGGUUCUCCUGCUGGCGUGGGAUCUGGAAAAAUCACCUGUGCUCAGGCACAGCGCCUGCAGUGAAAGAAACGGUGGCCAAGGGUGACCUGUUGGAAGGAGGACAGCUGAAGCUGCUGCCACGAGUAAUUUUGGAGCUCAGACACUAGUAAGAACUGGAUUUGGGGUGAAAGCAGGAGCAGGGUGGGUACCAGGUAACUGCUGUAUCCCGUUGAAGCAACACAGCCACUUCCAUGUCAGGAGCUGCACCGAGGCGUCACAGGGUCUCAGAAGAAGGAACACUACUGUGGAGAGAGGUUCCUGCUGCUCCGGGUUUCUUUAGGGUAACAGAGCGGGGCAGUGCCGGGCUCGCACUAUAACGUUGUCAUCGCUGGAGGCAGCAGCUGGGCUGGCGACCAGGAGGGAUCAAAGCCUCCCCUUUAAGGUGCCAGACCAAAUCCCGAGGGAGCCUCAGGCGUUGCUGUCAUGGAGUUGUUGGGCUCCAGCUGUUCCACAGCCACUUAACUCUACGGGAUACGCACUUCCCCGUGUUACCCUCUCGCAAGUACAAGCGGAGGCCUCCGUUAAAGCGUUCCCCCCUGGUUCCCCCACGGCUCCCCUCCCUCUGCUCGCUUCAGAGCUGCUGCUGCGACUGACCCCGUGAAUGUGACCCCCCGGGGCCUGUCCCCCAGGCUGGCCUCUGGCUCUGCCGCUGGCCUGGUGGCAGAGCAGGGGUACAGGCGCUGUGAGAGCCUCGCUGGUGGCCGGGGCAGCAGGAACCAGCUUCCCCACGGCUCUCAAGGAAAAACUCGGAGGGCUGGGAAUGUCACACCGUCAAAGCCAAACCGCACCUGGUAGAGAGCGACUGAGAGACGGCCCCUGCCCCAGUGGUUGCGUAAACAGCUCUUCUUUCUUUCUGGACAAUUAAAACUCUUGCCUUACUGCACUGCUAUUAGCGCU